UAUCCCGUGUCCUCUCACAUUUAACAUUUUUUUCAAAGUGAGCAAGAACCAAGAGAAGAUAAAGACAAACAAACAAACAAACAACUUUAAGGGAAACUGCCCCGAUCCUCUAUAUCCCCGUCCCAAGAAAAUACUUGAUCGGCGGCGCGACUGAACCAUCAUGAGUGCCGAUGAAGGCGGCGGGACGGCCGCAGUGCCUGUCACAAAUGGCGAACAAUCUCGCAACAGUCCUGAGCCAUCCACGAUGGCCACACCGGGCAAGCGAAAGCGUGUGUCGAGUCACGACGACAAGGCCGCCCAGGAUGCCACUGCCGCUGCGGCGCACUCGCAGGAACGAGCCAAACUGCAGGAAACUUUGCGAAACCUGGUGGAUAUUCUGAGCAAAAACGAUUCGGAUUUACAUCUUCUGUCCUGUCCGUUGCCAUCGUCGCCGGCGAAGCCCCGUUCGAAGCGCGCAAAGGUCUCGGGGGAUAAGGAUGAAAGCUCGAGUAUACAAGCUCGGGUCGCGUCGGAUCGCUAUAACACCAUCUCGGAAUUCUUAAGCGACAUCGAAAGGGCCUCUGCAGCAGUGAUCGAGAGAAACAAAGCGCAGGCGACUGCCGCUCCUGCUGACGGAACCCCACUUACGGAAACCGUCAAUCGCAUUGCGGCUUUCAAGAAGCUACUGAAUAGUUUGGUUCGUCAAGCACAGAUGACCCAGACCACCGUUAAAACCGAAGCAUCAGAGGACGGUGAAGCCCCGAUCAAAACCACUGCGUCCAACGUUGAAAUCCGAAAUGAAAGUGCGGUUCUGACCUUGUUUGGAAAUCCGGCAAACCCGAAACAGCUCUACUCCAGUCUACAGAAGACAGUCAAGGUCCCAUUACAAUCAGAUGGUCCAAGCGCAGACAAGUACGUCGAGGUGCAGGCGCCCUUGCCUGAGGGCGGCCUUCCCAACGGGAUCACAGCCACAAAGGUGGUACCCAUCACUUUGGAAGCGAAAUCAAACCAACCCAAAAGAACCUUUGGGGAGGUAUUCGCACCACGUGCAACGUUGCCUCAAUUAGAAGCACCGCGCAAAACGGGGACUACUCGUAAUGUUUCGGGUGGCUGGAUUGACCCUUUCGAAUCCAUCACGAAUUACAAAUCAUUUCUGGGUGACCGCAACAACUAUUGUCUUGCAAGACUUCCUGCUGGCUCUUGGCUGCAGUACGGUGGGGUCACUUCAUCACCCUCCUACUGGAGUCGUCGCCAGAAGCAGCAGUCUUCAGAGCACCACGAGGACGAACAGCUUCCCGAUGACCCGAUGCCAUCCACAGACGAAGAUGUCGCGCUCUGGCAAGGAGUGUAUUCUUCCUUUGCCCCAUCAUUCGAUAGUUCGGGUUCUGUUGUUCAAGCCGACUCGAAAGACCUGGUAUGGUGGAGUAAGCGUGGAGCUAGACGCCUGUACACACUUGCCUCGAUGGCAAUCCCAGAAGAUGAGAAUGACGUAUCAACCGUGCAGCCGGGCAACAUAGGCGAGCUCGAUGAGAGCGCUCUAGAGGAAAUGGUGAAAUCAUUCAACCCAGAGGACUUGACUGACAACAUCACCCAGACCAAGGAGGCCUCGGCUGAAUUUGUUGACGAAGACUCUCGGGAGAUGGAUGACCUACUGCGUGAUGUCUCCGAGCUUCUCGAAACCCUCAGUUCGUAUCAAAAGAUCCGCAGCCUGGUACCCGCGAGUGGUGCGAUCCAUGGGAUAGAUCCCAUCGAUGUUACUUCAAGACCUGGAUCGAACGACGCGCCAUCGGACGAGGAGCGAAGCGUUUACGAGACACUUAAAUCGAGUCUAGCAGCGCUGGUCUCGACUCUCCCACCAUAUGCUGUUGCCAAGUUGGACGGCGACCAAUUAGCUGAUCUCAAUAUCAGCCAGAAGAUUUUGAUUGAGGGUGUGGAUUAUCAAGGCACGAUGGAGAAGGAUGACUAUACCAUGCAGCAGGAGCGCGCGUCUGCUAUUCCUGCAAAUCGAACUUCCACACCUAGCCGAGCUGCCAGCUACCAGUCCCAGUACAACCAACGAGCGUAUGGCGCUAAUACACGGGCUCAACCUCAAGGCAACAUACAAACAGCUCAACCCUACUUUGCAGGAAGGCAGAACUCUACAUCUGCUCCGUAUACUGCAGCAUCACCGCAGCAGUAUGCGGGAGGCCGCCCGCCAGCAACUCCUCAGCAAAGGGCUGGCUAUUAUCCCGGCUACUCCCAACCGGCACCGCAAUUCAACCAAGGCAACCCCAGCACACCGUAUCAGCAACGCCCAGGGCAGAACGGCUACCAUCCAUACGCAGGACAACAGGGUCCACCUCCCGCUCAGGCAUCCCCCCAACCUUACAGUCCGCGGCCGGGACAGCCUGGAUCUUACCACGCAGCCCAGGCAGCAGGCCGGAGCGCAUCUCCUCAAAAACCCCCUUAUACGACGCCUAGCGCAACCCCAAGAGCCUCAUACAGUAUACCUCCGGGGCCGACAAAUCCCCAGCAAGCACCACAGCGAUACAUCCCGCAGCAGCAACAGCCGCAGCCGUCACAACCGCAGCUACAUCAGCAGCAACCACAACAGCCGCCGCAACCACAACAGCAACAGCCACCUCAUCACGGCAACAACGCGUCUAACCAGGCCCCGCCACAAGCAGGGGGUUAUUCGAACUCAGCUGCUGCGGCCACCUACGCGCGGAGUGCUGCUGAGCAGGCUGUUGUGAUGGAUCGGAACAAGGCCCAGCUGGCGGCCAAUGCGCAAAACCGGCCCAGCUCCACAACACCCCAGCCGUCAGGCGAAACGACGACCCCGAAGCCGAACGGAACCCCGGUGUCCUCAUGAGUAGAUGAGAUCUUGGUGACGGGAACGAAGAAUCAUGUGGCAAUGUUGUUGUAUCAUCCCCUUUCACGCAGCUAGCCCCCCAACAUUGCACGUGGCUUGCUCUACACCCGGCAUGUUAGGCAAAGAGAACCAGCACCCGCAACCCAAUGUACAACUCGUUUUAUCUUGGAGGUAUCAUGUCCUUUGAAAAGACCUUCACUUUAUGGACGCAGCGAAGAUGAUAAUUACCUUUCUAUUUCUCUUCUAUCUUCAAUUCUCUGGAGUUUUUUUUCGCUGCUUCCUCUUUUUUUCUGGAACUAUUUCCAUUUUCCCCCUCGCGGCUUAUUUUUAGAUUUCGCGGAGAACAAGAGAUAGGGGGCAAUGCCUGAGAAAACAACCUCGU